AAUGAUGAUCCCGGCGCGCUUAUAAAUCGAUGAGGCGGAGAGCUCACCACAGAGCUGGUCCUUGCAGCCCUGGUCCUCCGCAGAGCAUCACUCCACCUCAUCAGCCAAGGUCUAUUUCCCACCGGCAUCCCAGCACAGCCAUGCUGGGCACGGCGGUGCAGCUCUUGGUCCUGCUCGGCCUCUUCAGUUUUGGGAAAGCCCAGAUGUUUCACAUGGGACCGUGCCCAGAUCCAUCAGUCCAAGAAGACUUUGAUAUCAACAAGUAUUUGGGGAAGUGGUACGAGAUAGAGAAGCUGCCCUCAAGUUUCGAGAAAGGAAGCUGCAUCCAGGCAAAUUACUCACUGAAGGAGAACGGGAAGUUCAAGGUGAUCAACAAGGAGCUGCUUUCCAAUGGCAAAGUCAAUGAAGUUGAAGGAGAAAUUAUGCACAUGGAUGUAAAGGAGCCGGCCAAGCUGGGCGUGCGCUUUAACUGGUUCAUGCCUUCUGCCCCGUACUGGGUCGUCUCCACCGACUAUGAAAACUACUCACUGGUUUACUCCUGCACUAACAUCCUCUGGCUCUUCCACAUUGACUACGCCUGGAUUCUGUCAAGAGCUCCUGAGAUGCACCCAGAAACCGUGGAGCACCUGAAGAGCGUUCUCCAGUCCUACAAGAUUGACACCGAGAAAAUGAUGCCCACGGAUCAAGUGAACUGCCCUCCCGAGAUGUAACUCCUGGCAUGCAGUGACACAGCACCAGACCAGCGAUGAACUUUGUUGCUUUCUUUAUUAUCCAUUAGAAUUUCUCUAUGUAACAGAGAAACAUAAUAAUCCUUUCGCUAAUGGUAGUUUGCCCACCCUGAGUUACUCCUUGCUGUCGUUCCCUCUAUCGCUCUCCCCACUUUUUUGUCUCGAUCUGAUUUCUGCUGAGUAACUGACAGAUUCAAAGCUAAUGGGUGAAGAAAAGAAACCCCAAAGUGCAGACGUGAAGCUCUGCUGUUGCUGUGAGUUCUCCAGUAUGUGGAUGUGAAAGGGUAGGAGAUGUGAUGUGAAAGUCUUAGUCCCAGGGGAAAACCUUUUGUCAUGUGUCCCCAGGUUUGUUUCCCAUUUUUGUCUUGAUGCUUCUGCUUGGGGUCUACAGUGUCUGAGCUACAUUGCAGGCACUGCCUUCCCAGCAGCAAUGUCCAAACAUGGGAGUUGGUCCUGCAGCCUGGGAACUGAGACGGGGGGUCUUGAAUGUCUUCUGGUGCAGGCCUGUAGGUAUGUAUUACUGCCAAGUCAGCGGACCUCCACGCUAGAAAUCAGAUCUGGCCCUUUAUAUUUAAAGUCUGAGUCUAAAAUUGUCCAGAAAUUCAGCAUCGCCCCAUCUCCAGUGUCUUUAUGUGACUUGCCUCAAGCGAGGCUGCUCCUGCACAUUUGAGAGGUCGGCUCUUGAGAGUGCCUGUAAGCAGACAGAGAGACGGGUCUGCUCUCUUGUCCUCUCCUCCCCAGGCUUUUCCCCAAACCCUGAGAGAUGGCAGGCUUUGCCUGAUGUCCUGCUCACUGCUCCUGUGCCUGCCGAGCGCCCGCUGGCACCGCGUCUGCUCUGGCAGGUGUUCCCUGGGCACCGUAACAGCUCUGCUUGAAUAGCAUCGAUGCAACUCAUUAAAAAAUGAAAUCAAAA